GGCCUGAGUGUGGCGCUCCCGCACCUCGGUAGGAAGGGGAAGUAGCCGCCGUGCGGAAGAAAAAGAGCCCCGAAACUUUACGAUAACUGUCUAGAAAUAGAGAUUCAUGCCAUGUGUCAGGAACCGGUUCUCUAUCAGACGAAUAUUUAUUAGAAAAUCUUGUUUUUACACAGCCAAAUCCACACGACCCGGAUAUUCGAGCGAAUUUAAACAGAGCCAACCGUCCUUUGCUUUCCAGCGAUAGUCUCUGUUACUUAUUUUAACUCUCUCACGGAACGCUAUAGUUUUGACGGGAAAGUUUGUGGUGGCGGUGGAGAAGAAGCUGCAUGUGUUUGACUUUUGCGGGCGAGGAGUGAGUCACACGCCGCGAGCUGCAGUCAAACAUGUCGGCCCAGGCGCAGAUGCGAGCAAUGCUGGAUCAGCUCAUGGGGACGGGCAGAGAUGGUGAUACCAUGAGACAAAGAAUUAAAUUUUCAGAUGAGCGGGUCUGCAAAAGUCACCUUCUGGAUUCAUGUCCUCAUGACAUAUUAUCAGGCACACGAAUGGACCUGGGAGAGUGUUCCAAAGUUCAUGACCUGGCACUAAGAGCUGACUAUGAGAUUGCCUCCAAGGAACAGGAAUACUUCUUCGAACUUGAUGCUGCUGAGCAUCUACAGUCCUUUAUUGCUGACUGUGACCGCAGAACAGAGCUAGCAAAGAAACGACUGGCUGAUACGCAAGAUGAGAUCAGCGCGGAAGUCACUGCGAAGGCUGAGCGUGUACAUGAACUAAAUGAAGAGAUCGGGAAGCUGCUUGCUCGAGCGGAGCAGCUUGGAAGUGAGGGGAACGUUGACGAGGCCCAGCAGCUGCUGGAAAAGGUGGAGAAGACCCGGGCCCUGAAGAAAGAAGCUGAGGAUGUUUAUAGGAACUCGAUGCCGGCCUCAAGCUUUCAACAACAAAAACUUCGGGUGUGUGAGGUGUGCUCGGCCUACCUCGGUCUCCAUGACAAUGAUCGUCGUCUGGCUGACCACUUUGGAGGAAAACUACACCUCGGCUUUAUUGAAAUCCGCGAGAAACUAGAAAAACUAAGGAAAGCUGUGAUUGAAAAACAAGAAAAAAUGCGGACAAGACGGCGAGAGGAACGUGAAAGAGGAGAUGAACGGGAGAGACUGUGGGAGAUGGAGCGAGAGCGGGAGAGAGAAAGGGAGCGAGAGAGAGAACGUGAGAGGGACCGUGAACGAGAGAGAAGACGGUCAAGAUCUAGAAGUGGAGACCGAUACAGGGAUGGAGGCAGUUCAUCUAGCCACCGCUCUAGACGUCACCGGUCCUCUCGCUCCAGAGAAGAGGGUGGAGACCGGGAUCGAGAAAGAGAACGAAAACACAGACACAAGGACAGACAUCGUUCACGCUCUCAUUCCCACAGGCACAGGAGAAAGAGGUCGUCCAGAGACAGAUCGUCUCACACCCGUGACAGAGGUGAGAAGGAGCGCUCGCUGUCUCAUGAGCUAGUGGGAGAGGGCGAAGGUUGGCAUAAUGACCAGGUGCAGCAAAGAGACUGGGAGGACAGGGAGAGAUCCACCUCCCCAGAUACGACAAUGGCCAAAGAGAGAGACAGAUCCCCAUCGUACGAGAGGCAAAGACGCUCCAGCUCAGAAGAGCGAGAGUCGGGAGAGAUAUGAGCUGGAUAAGAACAACAACAACAGCAGCAGCAUGUGGGCAUCAUUGCAGUUCUCCGGAUGCACUUCUCAAGAGCAGAGGCCGGUGUGUAGCUUGCGUGUCAGCUUCAGUCUUCUUAUUGAAACGUCAGUGAGCAGUGUUUGAUGCUCAAGUUGGGGGAAGGGAAAUGGUGGUGGUCAAGCUGUUAUACUUUGAAAUACUUUUGACUAGAUGACAGUGUUCUGUUGUCUGGUCUUUCAUGUGUUUGAUUUGACAGGAGGUAGGUCUGUCACUUUUCUGAAGUGACGAUGGGUCAACUUUACUUGAACGCUCAUUUGUGGGACAAAUUCUUAAGUAAAACUAGAAGUCUUGAUGCCAAAAUAGCUGCUGGUUUACUCCAAAACACAACCUCACCGAAUGUUUUAAUCAGAAUACAUUUGAACUGCUAUGUAUUUAACCGGAUUGUUAGCAUUUGUAGCACAGUGUGCUCCUCACUCAACCUUCACCUUUCUUUACUUUAAUGCUCCUUGGAUAGUUUCCCGCGUUUCCAUGUUGUUCAUAUGGAUCUGAUGCACGGUCCCAAACUGACACUGGAGGCCUUCUGCUACUUCUGCCUGAUCAAUGAUGUUGAAUUUGUUCUCCUGUGCCACCCGAGAUGAAUAAAAUGUCUGCUUUCAAUAAAGUCUA